AGAAGAUGGACUCUGUGAGAGUCACUACAUUAAAGCACUGAUAUUGUUUGUUAAUCAUCUGCCUGACUGCUGGAGUGUCGCUCAUCUAUUGUGGCACUACAAUGGACUCGAGCGUGAUGGAGAUAAUAGAAGAAUUCAUGGAGAGUGCGUUGGUGCACUGGGUUCAGCUUUUUGAGAAGAUGGUGGAGAUGGAGAACAGUUACCCACUCUACAGCCAGUAUAUUGAAGUAAACCCGGUGUCCCAUAAUUCCCGAGACUGCUACCUCAGACUUACGAAUGGGAUUUUCCUCAAUGAGGUCAUGAGGAUCAUAGACCCCAAUCCAAGGGUGGAGAGGUUGUACGACAGUGAUACAGAUGACUACAUGCAGAGAAUACAGAACUUUUCCAUUUUAAAUCGACACCUUCGAGCAUUCUACCAGGAGAACCUGCAACAGUUGAUAUUGAUGCCGCUACCAAAUGUUGCCAUUUUGGGCCAGGACUCUUUUACAGAGGCAGCCGUGGAGGAACUGAGGCGCUUACUGCUUCUCCUUCUAGGAUGUGCAGUGCAGUGUGAACGUAAGGAGACAUUCAUUCAGCAGAUCCAGUCUCUGGACAUUCAGACACAGGCUGAGCUUGCCGUCUGUAUUCAACAGGUGACUCAGGAUCCCCGCUCGGUGCUGCCGCUCCAGUGGGAAGAGCUGCUGGAGGUGGAAGGUGCAGAUCUCAAGGUCGUGUUUGGCUCCAUGGCCAAACAAAUCCAAAGCAUUUUGGCCCAGAGAGACACACACCUGGAGCGCAUUGCCGAGUUGUGUCGAGAGCGGGAGGCGCACGCUGAUUCACCCUUGCCGCCCCUGGGCGGUCACAAUAGCGAGCUUCCCCAAGGUCUGGCACUGCAGCUGGUAGACAGCAAAGCCAAAGUCCGCCGCCUGAAACAGCAACUGGACGAUAAAGGUGAUCAGUUAUUAGACUACAAGCAGGAGAUUCAGAUGAUGGAUGAAGAGCUCAAAAAGCUUCAGAAAAAGAAUCGCUCUCUGCAGAACGAGUCGAGGGGCCUUCGCGCUCUGCGGGAUGAGCUGGAUUGCACCCGUGAGAAAGCUGCUCGGGCCGAGCAGCUCCAGAAUGAGCUUGAGAGUUGUAAACAGCGACUGCGCAGCCUAGAGGUGACACGCACUCAGCUCAAGGAGCAGCAACAGCUUUGUGCAGCUCUGCAGGAGACCAAGGAUCUUUUGGAAGAACAGCUGGCCGAUGCGAGGACCCGAUGUUCUGCGUUGAGGGACCUGGAGAGGGACAACCUUUUGCUGCGUCAGCGGAUUAUAGACGUAGAAGCGGAGCGUGACACCGAGAGGCAGCGUGUUGACGAGCUACUGGAGCUGAACAUCAGCCUGGAGGCGGACCUGCGGCAGUGCGGCAGCAGCGGCGGCCUACCUGCUCCGAUGGCUGUGGCACACAACCGCUUCCUCCAAUCAGAAGGGGACUCUGACGAGGAGCUUAGCGAGCUGAUUGACCAUAAGCCUUUGAGUGUGGAAGUGGGCGAGGCAUCUACGCUGAGGCUGCUGGGAGCAGAGCAGGAAAACGCCCGGCUCAGGAGACGGCUAGAGGAGCUACAAGCACAGCAAGAGUUUCACAACCUGAAGAAUGAAAAUGCUACUUUGAAGCUUCAGUUGGAAGAGCUAAUGACUAACCUGCAGCACUCUGAAGACAAACUGGACGAUGCAGGAAUGAAACAGUCGGGCAAGGAAGACGAGCAGAACGUCGAGAGGGGUGUCCAGGGAUCUGAAUCCUGCAGAGGCGAGGGUGAAGGAAUGGUGAGAUUCAUGGAGGAAAGAGAGCGCAGACAGGAGCUCAUCGUGACACAAAGAGAAGCAGGGGUUGGGGAAGAGGUUCUCCAAGUUAAAGGAGAGAAAGCAGAAGCACACGAUGAGGAGAUCCAGCCCAAAAGAAGAGAAGAAGCAGAGGGGGACCAAAUCCAGGAGCAAAAUCUAAAACCAGAAACAGACACAUUAGAUCUCCAAAAUAAAGGAACUCAAGACACAACUGCAGAGCAAGCUGUGUCCGGCCUUUCUGGUGGUGAUGCUGCUCUGACUAGGUGUCUCCAUGAAGCACAGGAAGAAGCUGACAGGCAGGCCCAGGCAGCUCAGGACCUGCGCUCCAAGUUGGGGGAGCAGAGCAGGAAGACAUGGGACGCCGAGCAGCGGCUGACACUCUUGGAGGUCGAGCUACAACACCUGAGGAAAGCCGCAGAGAAUCUCGGGGAGGCCCGCAGGCAGAUCCAGGCUCUACAGUCUGAGGCCGAGUCCAUGGAGGAGGAGCUGUGUCGUCUGCGGAGUCAAGCUGAGCUUCACAGCAUGCAAACCACAGUCAUUGCCAGCCUAGAGGGGGAGCGGGCGGCGCUGGAGAGAGACAGGGACACGCUACGAGGCACCGUGGAUGCCCUGCGCACCGCCCAGCGCAAGAGCGAACAAUUGGCGUCAACUACUCAGGCCCUCAAAGCCGAGCUGGAACGUCAGGGUCGCACCUUGGAGACCUCCCGCCACCGGGAGGAAGAGCUGGAGGCGGAGGUGCGGGAGACUGGCCUGGAGGCUCAAGCCGUAGGUCGGGCUCGCGACCAAGCUCUGCUGGACGUGUCGCGCCUGGAGCAGGAAAAAGAGGCGUGCCAGUCAGAGCUGGACGGCCUGCGGAAGGAAGCGAGGCAGCGGGAAAGGGAGGUGGCCAGACUCAGGCAGCAGCUGGAGAGCACCAAUGUGGCUUUGGAGCACAGCAACCAGCGAGGAAGGGCAUUGGAUGCUGAGCACAGGUGUGUGUGUCAACAACUGUCUGAGUCCAAAGAGCUGUGCGCUCGCCUACAGGAUACGGUGAGAGAGCUCGACACUCGAUUAGGCAGCCUGGAGGACAGUAAACAGCAGCUGCAGGAGCAGUACACAGAUGCACAGGCCAAGAUUCAGUCACUAUUACAGGACCUGUCAAAUGAGCAGACGCUUUCUCGCAGUCUUACCACCGAAGUCCAGCGUCUUAGCCAGCAGCUCCAAAAAGCUGAAUUUGAACUGAAAGACGCAACCGACACUCUUAACCAAUUACCAGACCGAGCGGAGAGACCCACUGGCCCUUUGACUGAACGUGGACCUCAUCUCCAGUUGGAGAAGACAGACGGGGAUCAUUCUUCAAGCCAAAUGCACAUUUGUCCAACGGACCAGCAGGAGGCAUCGGGGCGGGAUGGAGACAAAGGUCACAACUUUUCGGAUGCCGCUGGGGAUACAGAGCGAGAGCUCACUCGUAGGUUGUUAGAGCUGGAAAAAGAGAAAGCCGUGGCGCUUGCAGGACAAGAGGCUUUGUUGUCGCGUCUGUCUCAGUCCCAGGAGACGUGUGAGCACCUGAAGGAGCAGCUGGAGGCGCUACGCCGACACUCGCUCAGCCUGCAGGAGUCGUGUACCCGACUGCAGACGCUCAACACUCAGCUACAGGUAGAGCAAGUGGACGUGAACUCGCAGCUAGCAGCAGCGCAGACACGCCACAGUGAGAGCGAGGCCCGGUGCGCAGCACUGGAAGCUGAGUCAAAGGUGUGGGCGCGGGAAAGGCAAGAAUCGGCGGCCCGGAUGGAAACCCUACGGCGGGACCACGAGCGGCUGACAGCACUGCAGCAGCGUCAGGAAACGGAGCUGGACCAACUUCUAGAAAAACACUCUCGUCUUCGGAGCAGCAGCCGCAGUCUGGAGGGGCAACACAGGGAGCUGGAGGCCAGCUACAAAGAGCUGCUGGAUGCUAAAAGCCAUCUGGAGGAGAGAGAGCGAGAGAUGAAAAUGGAGAGAGAGGAGAUGGAAGCAGAAGCUCAGAGGAGAUUGGAGCGAGAACGAGAGCUGGAGAGGUUGAAAGAAGACAGCGAGAGGCUUCAUGGCCAACAGAAGGAGUUGGUCGCAUCCCAGGCAGAGCUGCUGGCUCAGGGCUCUUUGCUGAGGGGGGAGCUGAGCGCCUCCUUGCUGGAGAGGACUCGACUUGAGGGGGAGCUCAGCAUCCUAAGGGAAGCCAACCAAAAUCUGGACCUCAGUAAUGCCCGCCUCACCAGCCAGUACCAGCUACUGACCCAGCUGAAGGGGAACACAGAGGAAGAGAACCGACAUUUAGCCGAGCAGAACAGCAGUCUGCUGAAGGAGAACCGGGCCUUACUGGAGCAGAGCCUGGAGCGCCGUGACCAGCACUAUUCGCAGCAGAAAGAAUAUCAAGAGAAGCUCAGUGAGCUUCGCCGGGAGAAGCAGAAGCUGGUGGAGAAGAUUAUGGACCAAUACAGAGUUCUGGAGCCCAAUGUGCAACCUUCGCCUUGGAAGGCCAAGAAAUCUAACUGGAUUGCCGACCGGAUGAAGAAGCUCAUCAAACCUCGCGGAGGAGCGCGAGAGGGACGCGGCCCCGUCACGGCCGCUGGCAGCGUGGAGAACCUGGCCGACAGAACCCAAUUCACAUCGGACACACCACAACGCGAUCCGUGCAGCGCUCCAGGUUCUCCAUGUCCGCUGAGAAAAGCACCACUCCAUACAGAGCCGGAGAUUUCUUCUCCCACAAAUCUGGCCCCUCGCCCCGGCUCCGGGGGUCGCCGUAAAUUGGGGUCCCGUCACGGUUGGGGUUUGACCAGAGGUGGCGCCGGAGUCUCUCAAUCCUUUAGUCCGGGCGACCAAAAGACUGCGCCUCGCCACCGGCUUUUCUCGGGUCAGAACACUACCACGGUCCUCUGGGAGAGAGAGAGAGGCGAAACAAAUGAUCACCAGUGCACAGCAGAGGUCAACGCGAGCCCUGAGCAGGAGACGAAUGAUGAUAAUCAACAUUCCAGCAAUGACACCAGAGAAAGAAAUGCUUCACAGACUUGACUUGCUUAAAAUAUUACUUUUUGUACUCAUAGACUUCUGUAAAGUUUACUGUUUCAAAUGUAAAGUCUUCAGUGUUUUGAAUACAAGUAUGAUAAAACCAAAUAAUUGAUGAGCUUUUAAUGUACUGCACUCUUCCAAAACACAUCGAGUUGGCCUGUAUUAUAUUUUUUAAAAAUUACUUCCAAAACAAUAAAUAAAUAAAAGAUAUACAGUGGUACCUCUACAUACAAAUUGUAUUCGUUCCAGGAGCUGGUUUGUCAAUCGAAAUGGUCGUAUGUCAAGCGGGAUUUUUCCAUAAGAAUACAUUAUAAUUUGAUUAAUUCGUUCAACAGCCUAAAAACCUACGCUACAUCCUAAAUAAAUACUGCUGGUACAAUUACAAAUAGCAAUUACACAUAGCAAAACAAAUAAAUUAUAAAAGCAAAUCGGAAUAACAAUAAUAUAAUAAUAAUAAUUAUUAUUAUGUGACGAAUCGGCUUUUAAUGCGGCGGUUGUGUUUUGCAUGCUGUUCCUGACUGCUGUGACUGAUGACAGAGCGAGAGACGAAGUGUUUUUACUUUAUCUUUUCAUGUUCUGUUGUUGUUGACGUUGGCUACGGUGGACAGUAGCAGUUUUGUUUUGCACAAGUUCUAAAAUAAAUGAUUAAAAACCUGACGAAGCCGACGACUUCCUUGCCCAUGUUACAAUAAUUGUCACCAAAACUUAUAAAUACUGGCGAACGGUGGUUGAAGGAGGACCGUCAAGAUUAUAGACAUUCACUGACACACACACCACGCUCAUAUUUUUCUAUCAUUUCAAUCUUAAUUUCAAUGGUAAGCGACACCUUUUUUUCACCACCUGCACUAACCUUCUUGGGACACGUGUUGAUUUCUCUCACAAGAAAAGACCGUCUUGUGGGAAAACAAUGGAAUUGCGACGGCAUCAUUAAUCGGCGUAUUUCAAGCAUGUCGUCAUAUGUCAAGACAAAAGACGCGUACAAUUUUAUGUUGUAUGUCGGUGCGAUCGUAUGCCGAGGUACCACUGUAUACAGUAGGCCUACCUGCGCAGAAUUUUGCCUUGACAAUCGACAUUAAAAGAAGCAUUACCUUAACAAAUAUCUCACAAUUUUAAGGUUUCGUGUUUGAAUCUGGGUUCUCAGCGACUUGUUAGAGGAAGAAUCUCGUGCUUUUGGACACUACUACA